AUGGCUCCAGCAGAAGAACCCGAGAAAGGCGACAAAGUAUCGUGGAACUGGGGUGGCGGUGCACCAGGAGGAAAGGUGGCCGAGAAGAAGACCGAAGGCGAGAUCGCCAUUACAUCCAAGAAGGGGAACAAGAUCAAGAAGAACGCUGAACCUAACAACCCCGCGGUGCACAUUGAACGGUCGGGAAAUGAUGUGGUCAAGAAAGCCUCGGAGCUCAACAUCGAACAAAAGGCCAACGGCUCAAGCGGUGGUGGUGGCGCGACAGGCAAGGAUAAGGACAAAGACGACGGCGGGUCCAAGUCAGGCAACAAUAAGAGGAAGCAUGACCAGGCAGAGAAAAACGGCGAUAGUGCUCUAGAGGAGAACGCAGAGGGAAAGACUGUCAAACCGGGUGGUAAGGACAGUCCCAAGAAGCAGAAGCAAGAGCCCACGAGCAAAGAAGACAAGAAGGAAGAUGUACCAAACGGCGGACCCAAGAGAAAAGCUGGUCGGCCCAAGAAAGACGAAGGGGCAUCAUCCAAAAAGAAAGAUGCCACUCCGCGAUCAACAGAUGGCAUUGGUUCCAGGACUCGAAGUCGUACCUAG